AAGACCUACCAUCCUCAAAUUGAACGUUAUCCUUUAUUGUCCUAGUUUUCCACUUGAGAAUGAUCACAAUUAUAGAAAGUGGCAAAAAUUAUUUGGUUUCUCAUGGAAAAUAAAAUUUAAAUUAUAUCAAUCAAACAACAUCCCAAGCUUAAUCAUCAUAAUAAUGUGUGAAUACUCAAGAUUUGGAAUCAAGAUCCAUAUAGAUUAUUAGCCUAGUUGAUAUCUCUAACCAAAAGAAAAAAAAAAAGGUUGAAUAAUGCAUUAAGCAUAUCACUCGGGCAACUUUAGAAAAAAUUAAGGAAUCCCCAAAAAGAACAGGCCACAGGGGUGUACAGUCCGAUUCGGUCGAUUUAGCCCUAACACAGCCUCCGGCAAGCACGAUGAGCCAGAGCUACGGUUCAAGUUCGCAGAUGUUCCAACUGAAAUUGGACCCUCUUACCGGCAACUCUGAGUGGGUGGUCGUGGGAGCAGACGACGACGGUGCUGGCAUGGAAGUUGAGUUAGCUACGACUUCAUAUCUGGACAUGCUUAACGACAGUUGCAGAAACAAGGCUUAUCGUGAAGCCAUUGACAAGACUGUCACUCGACCUUGCUGCGUCCUUGACAUUGGCGCUGGUACAGGCUUAUUAUCUAUGAUUGCUGCACGCGCAAUGCCUACUAACAGUGAUUCAAAAGGUAGCGUCUUUGCAUGUGAGUCAUACCUUCCAAUGUUCAAGCUCAUGAGGAAACUUGUCCGCUGCAAUUCCUUGGACAAGAACAUUAAAAUCAUCAACAAGCGCUCUGAUGAACUCAUAAUUGGAGUUGAUAUCCCUGCUCGAGCUGACAUACUUGUAAGUGAGAUCCUAGACUCUGAGUUGUUAGGAGAAGGACUCAUUCCUACUUUGCAACAUGCACAUGAUGAGCUACUCGUACAGAAUCCUUUAACUGUUCCAUAUCGAGCUAUUGUUUAUGGCCAGCUACUUGAAAGCAGCUUCUUAUGGAAACUACAUGAUCUCUAUAACAAUGACAUCUCUGCAUCAGAUGCCAUUCGUCUUCUUCCCCCUCAACUCCCUUACAUGUUAAGUGUCAAACCUAAACAGUACCCAAUGCAUUGUGACCCGUUGCAACAUGAAUCAAAACUGCUUUCAGAACCCUUCAAAAUAUUUGAGUUUGACUUUUCGAAACGCCCAGACAGUUAUGGGGAGGCUGACAUUUUCAUAAACUCAACUGCUGAUGGAACUGUAAAUGCUGUUAUUUCCUGGUGGGUACUUCAACUUGAUCAACAAGGAACAAUCUAUUACUCUACUGCACCCAAGUGGAUUAAACAUUUACAGCCGGGUAGUGAGACUUGGUGUGACCACUGGAAACAGUGUGUUUGGUUCGUCCCAGGAAAGGGUUUGUCAGUAUCCAGAGAUGAAGAGAUUCAUUUGCAUGCUGUCCACUCAGAUAUCAGUAUCUCUUAUAGUCUCAGGGUUGCAAGCCAAAGAACUAAGAAUGAGAAUAGUAUCCGCAAUGAUGGUUUUCAGCUUAUAUUGCCGCCUGAAAAAAUUGCAACCUAUUCGGAUGACAGUUGGAGACAUAGUGUAUUAUUAGCUGUACAAAACGCUUUUUGCAGAAAAGAUUACCCAUUGUGUUUUGUUGCGGAUGAUAGUAUUUUUCUAGCGACAGCCAUAGCUCAUCUUUGUAAAACUUCACGUAUAAUGUUGUUGUUUCCUGGGUUGCGGGAGAGAGGCUUUCAGUAUCUGCAAGCUAUUGCUGAAACAAAUCAGUUUUCUGUGAACUGUAUGAAACUUCUUGAUCACCGGAUAGACUGCAUGACAAUGUAUGACACAGAUGGGAAGAAGAUUGACGUAUUAGUUGGAGAGCCAUUCUACCUUGGAUCUGAAAACUAUCUUCCAUGGAGAAAUUUGCGAUUCUGGAAAGAAAGGACACGGCUUGAAAGAAUAUUGUCCAAAGAUGUCCAAGUCAUACCUAGCAGAGGAAUCUUACGAGUUUCUGCCAUGUUUCUCCCCGAUCUAUGGAGAAGUCGUUGCAGUCUUGUAAACAUUGAAGGGUUUAAUCAUUCUGGAGCCAAUACCAUCCUAGGGGCAUGUGGCAACUUGCCAUCCCCUCAGGAUAGCCCUAUAUUGCCGUUCUUUGUCUGGCAAUCUGGGGAGACUAAGGAACUGAGUGAGAGGUUGACACUGAUGGAAUUUGACUUCUCAAAACCUAUGACUUCUUGCGCUGGGAAAGCAAAGGUUGAUUUUACUGAGACUGGUAUAUGCCAUGGAUUCGUUCUUUGGAUUGAUUGGGUUUUGGAUGAAGAAGAUGGUAUCGUCGUAUCAACUGGUCCAGAUCAUAGACAUUGGAAGCAAGGAGUAAAGUUGUUAAGAACACCUGUGGGUGUUGGCAGUCGGGAUAAUAAACGUUCUGAUGAGCGUCAUUCGGUGGAAAUGAAAGCAAGUUUUGAUUCAACAAAUGGCAAUCUAGCAAUUCAAUAUGAUUUUGUUUGAUUGGAAGCAUCCAUCUUUGGCGUAAGUGCAUACGCAUUUGACAUGUCUCUUUCUCCCUUAGUCGUAGUAGACCGUAUAAGUGGAAUGUAUGUGUUCUCUGGGAUUUCAGUGAUGGCCCCUGCAAAUUUGCGAAAAUUGGUCCGUUGAAAUAAAUGAGAUGUAUCUUUGUUGACUCUGGCAGAACUGCAAUUUGUUUAAUGAGCAAGAAGCAUUUGAAAGCAAGGAAAUUGGCAAAGGAUAAACUCCAUGCCUUUCAAUUUCUUGCUCUUGCAGAUUGCCAUUCAUUUGAGACUUGAGAGGCGAAGUGUAUUUUAACUUUCUAUUUAUAUUGAGAGAACACAGAUGAAAGAUUCGAACAAUAAAUAUCCCGUGUACAUUGAGGAGGUGUAAUAGUCGCAUGCUAAGUGUAAGUAUGUAUAAACACAAUGGUGUAAACUGUAAACCUUAUUUUUAUUAGCACCAGGAUACUAGAUGAAGUUGAGCUAUUACUUUUUCUUUAUAUUACAUCAUAUUAGAUUUAUGCA